AUUAUAUGUAUUUGCGCGGGCUUCGAAAAUAAAAAACCUUGUAAAUAUGAUGUAAUAGAGUCGGAUAGCUCGAUUGAAGAUAAAAGUUCACUGGAUGCAGAUGUAUUGUACAUAUUUUCUGAAGGUCAAUCAGGAUGUGAAUUAAAUUGGUCAGGGAUGUAUAGAAAUUUAAGUGGACUGAACAACUCUAGGACAAUACACCGUGGAGAGUUAUUUGUAAGUUUGAAGAUGUUUUGUAAGGGCUAUGCGGAAGGAGACGAUAUUCAUUUAAGCACUGACUUAGAUGCGGAUUCGGAAAAUGAAAUGAAUGGGACAAAUCGUAAAAUUGCUGUUAAAUUGGUGAUAAAUGGCUGUUCUGUUUUUAUGAGUGAAUUACAAGUAUUUCAACACCAUGGCAGUAUUUGGUCCAUAUUUCAGACUAAUGAAUCAUUAAUACAUCACGACGCUGACUGCUCCAGUCUAUCGGACUUGCAAAUUGUUGCAUCUCGACUACCAUGUGACGGAAACGAUUCAAAAUCUGAUAUUAAAACGCGAUUCUUUUGGGAAAUGUGUCGUGAACCAUUCGAGAAUGUUUACUAUUUGGACUUGGAAGGUUGUGUUCAUGAAAACUAUUUACUAGAUCAAAAUGCGUUACAAAGUACAUUUCCAAAACUUCAAACAUUGAAACUGAAAAAUGUCGACAUGACUGGCUUUGCUGUGUUGUUUCCAUGGACGCACGUGUACAUAGAUACACCUGAAGCUCGAUACGUGUCCUUUAUUGCGAACCACUUUGAAAGCAGUUUCAAGAAUUCAUCAUCAUUCCCUAGAGAAAUAGCAAUACGUGAUAGUGUGUUAGAUUUCAAACAAGUGAAUUUAAAUGGUGAAAUAGCCUCUAUUUCACUGAACAAUAUUCACGUAAAAUAUUUGCACGACGAUGCGUUUGCAAACGUAAGCGGGUUAACGAAAUUAGACAUGUCUUACAAUGAUCUAGAAACAGUAACUGGUAACGUAUUUCAGACGUUAACAAAACUGAAACAUCUAUAUUUGAGAAAGAACAAACUGAGAAUCCUUGGUUCUGAUGUAUUUGACAACAUUCAUAAUCUGCUGGUCCUUGAUUUGUCAUACAAUAACCUUGAACUUUUAAAUCAGAGACAGUUCAAAUAUCUUGUAAAUCUAGAAGAGUUAAAUGUUGCACAUAAUGCCAUUAGAGUUUUACCAGUAGAUUUUCUCAAAGAUCAAAUACAUUCCCUAAGGACGCUGAAAUUAUCCAAUAAUCCUUUGACAGCCGUUCCAAUCUAUCCACUUUAUUCAGAAAGUUUAACAGCAAUAUUUGUCCAAAACUGUAGAAUCACUUCUGUUGGUUUCCAAACAUUAAUACGAAGUUUGAACCAUAACGACUUAAACACUGCUCAAAUAAGCUAUUCAUUACAGCGUUCUGGUUCUGAUCUACAGAAAAAUAUUGAUACGACACGGAGAGCUGUUCUGGAUAUAUCUUACAAUUUUAUUAGAAAUAUUGAACUAGCCGUAGAAGAUAAUUCAAUGAUGAUAAUAUUUCAAGCAUUACUGACAACGUUUUCUGUGGACUUAAAAGGAAACCCAUUAGAUUGCACAUGUCUGACAUAUAUACCUACUUUAAUUUCAAAUAUAAAUGAAAAUUCCGUGACAGACAUAAAAUGGACAUGCACGUCGCCAUCAGAAAUGAACGGAAGACUAGUUUCAAGCGUUUCAGAAACCGAAUCUUAUUGUCCUGUUUCAGAUGAAAGAUGUCCACAGCGUUGCUCUUGUUUCGAACGCAAGAAUUCACGUGAUUCGAUUGACGAUAAUCGAGCAAACAGAACAAUAAUAGUAGACUGUAGAAAUGUAAUUCUAACACAUUUACCAGAAGUUAUGCCAACUGGAAAAUUAGAACUUUGGCUUCAAAAUACAAGCCUGGCUCAGAUUGAUGUCCACGAUUACUUACAAAGGACUUCUGUGUUUGAUGCCUCGCAUAACAAAAUAACCCAACUUUCUCAAUUUGCAGCGAAGGCCUUGGCAAACAUUACUUCGAUAAAGCUAGAUCAUAACAAUCUCACCCAUUUACCAGUUCAGCUCAUGUCAACAAAUAUCAACAAACUAACACUUGCCAGUAAUCCAUUCCUAUGCGAUUGUCACACACGCUGGAUGAAGGCAUGGAUUGACACGAGAACAAGCCCAGUAAUAGACUGGAAUGUAAUAAAAUGCUCGUAUAACAAGACUAAGGUUAAUAAGAUGAUAGUUGUUCCUUCCUCAAUGUUCGUCUGCAUCUCCACACCAACCGUAAAUGUGUCAAAACAUAUUAUUUUGUCAGCAGUUGUGAUAGGAUGUACUCUGUUCGUUUUAGUUUCCCUAGCUUUAUUGAUAUAUUUCCAAAGAUUCAACAUCAAAGUCCUGCUUUUUACGCAUUUAGGGGUUAAAGUCUGUGACAAACAACGGCACGUGGAUGCAGAUAUGGACUUUGAUACAUUUGUGUUAUUUUCCCAUGCGGAUCACUCUUUUGUACAGUCAAAUGUAAUAAACGGCUUACUAUCAUCCGGGUACUCUGUGUGUAGUUUAUAUGAAGAUCUAACAGUUGGCUUUACUUUUCUUGAAAAUAUCGAACAUUUCAUUAACAGAUCAAGAAAGAUAAUUUUCUCCAUAACACAGGACACAUUAAUGGAUGACUUCCUGCUGACAGCAUGGAACAUGGCUUAUGAGAGGGCUAUAAAUAACUUCACAGACUCCAUCAUUCUAGUAGUUGAUACGGAAAUUGUUAAUAAAAUUGAUGAAACAAAACUUAUGACAUACAUAAAAGCUGGAAAAUAUAUCAAGAGAAAUUCUAAAUUUCUACAGUCAAGUGUGCUUUAUUUAAUGCCAAAACAAGCUUGUGGCAAAGAUACGGAAAAUCAAGACACAGAAAAUGAAGGCACAGAAGAUGUUUCUAUACCAAUGGUAAGAAACAUAUCUGACCCAAGAAAGGAGAACGGCUUAGUCUACAUAUCUUACCCAGAGGAGCUGGACAGUGAAAUAGUAGAAAUAAUUCUGUGUGACUUGCAAGAAAAAGGAUAUCAGGUGAUAAUUUUCGAAAAUCAGUUCCUUCCUGGAACUGACAUUCGUGAUGAAAUUCAUGACAAGUUGGACUUAUCCGAACACUUUAUUUUCAUUCUAUCAAAUGAAAACCUACAAGACUAUAUUAAAAUGUACAUACUUUCAAUUGUUAUCUCAAAAUCUGCAUUAUGCAGCCACAACUAUUUAUUACUGUUUACAUUUGAAACUAUCAUAUCUUCUUUUCUAUCAAAUGAAUUAGAAAAUUACAUGGACAAGUAUGUAACAUGUAGUGUCACAAAUAAGAAGUUUAAGAAACGUUUGUUACAAGCUUUAAAGUGA